UCAACUCAAAAAUAAGGGCAGAUUCAGAAAAGAAGAAAGCUGAAGCAGAGAAGAAGAGAGCUGUUGAAGCUUGGAAAUAUGUUAAAGCUGAAAACGGUAAGGCUGAUCAAGAAAGGAGGCUGGCAGAUACUGAAGAAAAGAAAGCUAAUGAAUAUAGGCUUAAGUUGGAGGCAAUGAGUAAAGAGGUUGAUGAUGCAAAAUCAAGAUUAGUUUCUAUGGCAUUAAAAUUGGCGGAGGGAAACAAAAAACUUGAAGCUGAAAAACAGAAGGUAAUGAAAGAGAGAAAACGUGCAGAUGCGGAGAGGAAUAAAUUAGAGGAGCAAAGAAAGAUAGCAGAAGCUAUUCGGAAUCAAGCUGAGGCAGAAAAAUCUUAUGCUGAUAGUAUGUCUUGGCAAUUGGAAGAGACUAAACUAAGAGUUGAGAAAGAAAAAUGUUGUUCUGAUAAGCUCUCCCAACAGUUAGAAGAAGCUAGAGUAAAGAUUGAUGAACUGCAGAAGCAGAUAUAUGACCUUCAGUGCUCUAGAAACAGGGUUAAGGCUUCUGCUGUUUCACCUGAAAAAUAUUUGACUGCUGACUCUGGGAAAAUGAAACUUUUGGAAAAACAAUUAAAGUUUGAAAAAAAGCAACUAAAGCAGGCAAAACAAGUGGCUAAAUUGGAGAAGCGUCAUAAUGUUCUUUUGCGAGAAGUACUAGGUCAGUUGAAGUUGGAUCUUGUUCAAUUUUCCAAUCGCUUGGAUUUAGUGGAUAACUUCUUGCACAAGGCUGAAGGCAUAGGUAAUCUGAGAAAGAAAAAGUCUUUUAUACGCAGUUAUCUUAAGAAGAGAAAGAGGGAACUUGAUACAAUUGAAUCCAUUGAAUUGUUUCACUCAGAAGGUAAGAAGUUGCAUCUACAGAUGGGAGAGAUUAUAUAGUGGCAUUCUUUUCAUUUUUAUAAACGACAUCGUUUCUUCACUGUUUCGAUUUACCCAUUCAUUUUCUUCAAGACUUCCCACCCGUAUCAAUUCCCCCUACUCAAGCUUCCUUGUCCUCAAGGAAGAGUUCCAAGAGGUGAAGUCUCUUUGAGCCACCACGCAGGUUUCUCCAAGUUUAUUUUUGAAUAUUUGAUGGAAAUAGUAGUAAACACCUUGAGACUUUCUGUAUAGUGAAUGUCCCAUCAGCUUUGAAGAGUUUUCUGUCGUGAAUGUUACACAGACAAGUUGAUGUAUCUUUGGAAGAGGAAAAUAACAUAGUUCCUAAACUUCAAGAGAAUUCGUUUGUCAAGCAUGAGCGAUGCCGCAAGAAGAGGAAGAAAUCAUAUGAAGAGGCUGUAGGUAUUCAGUAUUUUUUGAGUACUGAUGCACAGAAGAAGACAAAAAAAGUUGAUGGAAAUAGCCAUGGAGAUGGAAGGGUGCCCACAGAAGUGUCCCAAUCUACCAUUGGUCUAACAGGAUCUGCACGGCCAUGUGCAGAGGGCAUUUGUUAUUCAGUUACCAGUGACUUUGAAACUAAUAGAAAAUUUGAGGAGACAGCAUAUGGAGAUUUUAUGAAAUUGCUGGACUUGGACAAUCCUCUUGAUGAGGAAUAUUACAGAAAAGCAAUGGAAAUGCCUAUGUCGCCUACUCUUCCUGAGAUUGAGUUUCCAGGUGCUGAAUCAUUUGAUACGGGUAAAUCUCAAGACAAAAGUUUCUAUGGUGGCUUGUCUGAUGUAAAAGUAGAUAUUGCGCCUUCUUGCAGCUUUGAUGCCAUCAAUGCAGAGAUUAAUUCCAGUUAGUUGAAAAAAUGUGUCUGUACUUUAUUAUUUUAUGAGAAUGAAGGUCCUGUUGAUUCCUAUUAUCCUCAAGUGAAUAAUGGGAAUGGUUUUCAUAAUAGUAAGCAAUCAGGAAAAAGUUUUUGUGAUCAUCAGUCUGAGGACUUUGGUGUGUUGGGGGUCAGAUCAGAUCCAUGUAGUUCUAGGGAUGAAGUUGUGCCUUCUGAAAGUGAAGUUGGACCCACACGUAAUAAUGUUCCUAGGCUCUUCAUUGUAUCAUGUGAUUUAAAGGACAAUAGCAGUAUAUCCAGAAUAUUUUGUGCUACAAAAACGUGUGUGGAUCGGUUAUUGCUGGUUACUCAAACAGAGUGGAUAUUGCAAAAGGUUUUGCUUGCUCUUAAAAAUGAAGAAAAUUUGCUUUUGAAGGAGAAGGCCUGUGUAUUCUUUUCACUGUUACUCCUCAACUUCUCAACAGCUUCUCCAGGAUGGCCUGGGAACUUUUUGAGAAGGAAUUUCACUGUUUGCUCAGAUUCUUUCGCCAGACAUGUUCAUGUUGUAAUGUCUGAUGCUGAGGCAAGAAGCGCACUUGAUGAUUUAUUUUUGGUUGAGCUGCUGAGUCUGAUUGAGGAUUUCCUUGUGGGUGGAAGCAUUGUGAUAUGCACCGAUGGAUCUUCUGCAACAUUUAGUGAAAGUAAUUUAAUAGUCAAUGCCCAUCAAGAUGGUGUAAAUACAAUGUUCUCAUUUCAAGCAGCUUCAGCUGACCAGUUGGUGGCGGGGAGCAUUAUAUUGGCAUCAAUAUGUACAGCAACCAAUCACAUUGGAUUUAUUAGUGAGGCUGCAUACAAUGUUUCUCUGAUGCGCAGGAGUGAUCCUUCGCUGGUGCUGUUAAUUCUUCACAUUUUGCUUAUUUGAGUGGGGGAAAGUUAUUUACCUCAAAAAAUCACAAUUUAACGAUGACUGUAUUGAAAUCAAUAGUCACAUAUUGAUGCGAACCUGACUCCACCCUCUGUUUUCCCAGGUUGAAUUUCCAGAAAAUCACUCCACAGCAGACCUGCAGCUUCCCUCUUCAGUACCAGCCAACACCAUCACACAGAUAUUCGGCCCUCAACAAUUUCAACAUCAACCAUGGUUCAACAUUGUAAAUGAAUAAAGCAAUGAAACAGUGCAUGUAUCAAACCACAAUCAAUGAAACAGUGUAUUCAUUAAUCUCAA